AUGCCGGGCUCUGCUAUUUCAAAACAAGAAAAAUGUCAUAAGAAAUUAGGAAAACAAAAGGUCCCAAUAUUCAAAAAUCAAAAAACGAAAUCUUACAAGAAAAUCAGAAUUAUAUGCAGCGACCCAUAUGCUACAGAUUACUCAAGCGACGAAGAUAAUGGUUCUAAUAAACGAACUGUGAAGGAAAUUCUGGUUCCAAUACCUAGGCCUGGAAAACCAAAACCGAAUCGUAUGAAAAUGCCUCACAACUUUUAUACUCGAAGCAAAAGCAGGUCGUCAAGCAUUUUCAGAGGGAUUCAACGGCGGAAGAAUGGGAUAUUUUCAGCUCAGAUUCGAGAUCCGUAUCGACGGAUUCAAUUAUGGCUUGGUACUUUUGAUACUGAACAACAAGCUGUCAUGGCUUAUAGAAGUAAGCAUCAUGAGUUUGAAAUGGCUAACAAAUUGACAUGUCCUGAAGCAAAAAUUGAUGUUUUGGUGGAGCGAGUUGCGCCACCGCCGUUGCCCAUGGACAAUGUGUAUCUCAAUUUGGAGGAACUUGAAAACAGAACAGUAUACAAUGGUAACUACUACUUUGAUGAUUGUAUUGAUGGUUGUUGUAGUUCUUAUAUGGAGAUUGGAGAAGGUAGUAGCGGCAAUUUGCCCCUUCCCGACGUUGAUUUAGUUGACAUGGACAUUAGUUGGAUCGACGCAGCUUUCAAAGUGGAUGGCCACUAA